GUUUAAACCCAAGCCCUAGCUCCCGGCGCCGAGCUCCAGAAGGUGGGUGGUCGUCGCCCCCACGCUGAAAGAGCGUGAUGGAGCACCCAGUGAUGGACACUGGCUCACUUUUUACUUCAGGAAUUAAGAGACAUGUGAAAGACAAAAGAAUUUCAAAGACUGGGAAACUGAAUGUUUCUCUUGCUUCAAAAAUCAAAACAAAAAUAUUAAACAAUUCUUCUAUUUUCAAAAUUUCUUUAAAGCACAACAACAGGGCAUUAGCUCAGGCUCUUAGUAGAGAGAAAGAGAAUUCUCGAAGAAUUACAACUGAAAAGACGCUAUUGCAAAAAGAAGUGGAGAAACUGAAUUUUGAGAACACAUUUCUUCGCCUAAAACUAAAUAAUUUGAAUAAGAAGCUUAUAGAAAUAGAAGCACUCAUGAACAAUAACUUGAUAACUGCAAUUGAAAUGAGCACUCUUUCUGAGCAAACUUUACUUCACACGGUUCCAUUAACUUCAAAUGAUGAUGAUGAUGAUGAUAAAGAUAAAGAUGAUGACAAUGUUAUAUCAAAGAUAUCACCUGAUAUUCCCUCUUCAGUAUCAACAAGACAACCUUUAUCAAAAAGUCAUUUCCAUUCAGACCAAAAUUCCAUGAGUUCUCCAAUGAGUGAGAUGAAAAAUGCCCAGUCAAUCAGCCACGGAAAGGAGAAACCAUCUCUCAGUAAAGUAACGGAAAGGAAAAAACAUGAAUCAUCUCAGGAAAAAAAUAAUCCUUCUGUUGACAGUUCUCAUGGGACAGACUUAGAUCAACAACACAUUUCAAAUCCAGAAUUAAAUUGGAAUAAUGAAAUAAAUGAUCAUACUAAUGAAAAGAAUAUUAAAAUGCAAGGAAAUAUACAGUGCCUUCCUGACUCAUCGGAGUCUACAAGUGAACCUACUGCAGAGUACAUGAAUCCAUUUGAGGGUAGUGAUGACUUUCAGUUGCAGAAAACUGUGUAUGAUGCUGACAUGGAUUUAACUGCUAGUGAAGUAAGCAAAAUUGUUACAGUUUCAACAGGGACUAAAAAUAAAAACAAUAAAAAAUCAAAUGAUUGUGAAAUAAAAACUUUCAGAAAAGUGAAAGAUUCAAGCUCUGAAAAAAAGAGAGAAAGAUCAAAGAGACAAUUUAAAAAUAGUUCAGAUAUCAAUAUUGACGAAAAGGUUGAAAAUGGACCAGAAAAAAGAUCAGUUGUCUUAAAUGGCAAAGGGGAUUCAGAAGAUCCAGAUUUUAUUUUCAGUACUGAGCAGAUGAUUCAGUUGAACAUACUGAAGAAAGUAACCCUUCAUAAUGGCUUUGAUCAAGACGACAGACAAAGUACACAGUGUAAUAAAAGAAAGAAAAGAAUACAUGUAACAAAUGAGCAAGAGGAAGCAUACUCUUUCUCCCAAAGUUCAGAUAAAUUCCAGCAGGAGAGUAAAUUUGAUAUGGGUCAGAGUUCUUUAGCUUAUCAUAAAAGUAAAGCUUCUAGACAGACAUUUGUGAUUCCUAAGUUAGAAAAAGGUAACUUAUUCUCAAACCAAAAGAAUAAAGAAAGCACUUCUGAAAACCUAGAAGUCACAAGUGAAUUUCAAACAGCUGAUCUUUCCACCAAAGGUAAUGAAAGUUUAUGUGAUUAUGAGGCCCAGAAUAUGUCAGAUUUGAAAAAGCAUGUCACUGAUACGCAGCCUGCUCAGCAGAAUGAAUCAAAAAUAAAUGAGAAGCUUAGACAGAAAGUAAAUCGGAAGACAGAAAUAAUUUCUGAAACAAACAAAGCAUAUGGGGAUACUGCUAAAGAUGUGCACGGCCCAGGAAAAGGUAACUUUUCCUUCCAAACCCAUGAGGAUAAAGAAGCCGUCUCUGGAAACCUUAAAGUUUCAGAUGAGUUUCAAAAACCUGCUCUUUCCACCAUUGAUAAUGGAAACCUGUGUGAUUGUGAGAUCCAAAAUGUGUUGGAUUUGCAAAAGCAGAUCACUGAUGUGUACCCUGUUCAGCAAAAUGAAUCAAAAGUUCAUAAGAAUCUUAGGCAGAAAGUAAAUCGGAAGACAGAAAUAAUUUCUGAAGCGAAUCAUUUAGAUAAUGACAAGAAUGUAUAUUUCCCAGAAAAGGGUAGUUCUUUCUUCCUAACCCAGAAGGAUAAAGAAAUCAUCCCUGAAAAUAUAAAAGGCCCAAGUGAAUUCCAAAUACCUGCCCUUUCUACCAAAGAUAGUGGAAGCCUAUUUGAUUAUGAAACUCAAAAUGUUCUGGGAAUAGAAAAGCAUAUCCAUGAUAUGCAACCUGCUUGUCAAAAUGAAUCAAAAAUAGAUAAGAAGCUUAGGCAAAAGGUGUGUCGGAAGACAGAAAUAAUUUCUAAAAUCAACCAAGUAUAUGAGAAUGAUGACAAAGGCAUACAUGACCCAGAAAAAGAUAGUUUACAUUCUCUAACGCAAAAGGAAAAAGAAAUCAUCCCCGAAAACCUAGAAGACACAAAUGAGUCUCAGGUAGCUGAUCCUUCCACCAGAGGUGUUAGGAACUUAUGUCAUUAUGAGACUCAAAACAUUUUGGGGGUGAAAAAACAUGUUACUGAUAUGCCACCUACAAAGCAAAAUGAAUCAAAAAUAAAUAAGAGGCUCAGGCAGAAAGUAAGUCGGAAGACAGAAAUAAUUGUGGAAAUGAACCAAGUAAAUGAGUUUAAAAAAAAAGGUGUGUAUGACCCAGAAGAAGGUAACUUCUUUUCCCUAACCCAAACAGGUAAAGAAACCAUUUCUGAAAAAUUAGAAGUCACAAGUGAAUUACAAACAGCUUAUCUUUCCACCCACGAUAAUGGAAAUUUGUAUGAUUAUGAGACACAGAAUGUGUUGGGUUUGAAAAAGCAUGUGACUGAAACGCAACCUGCCCAGCAAAAUGAAUCAAAAAUAAAUAAGAAACUUAGGCAGAAAGUAAAUCGGAAGACAGAAAUAAUUUCUGAAAAGUACCAAAUAUAUGGGGAUAAUGAUAAAGAUGUGCAUGAUCAAGAAAGCUGUACAAAAGAUCUUGCUUUUCAAGUAAAUAUAUCUAAACAAAGACUUGAAUGCCAAGGUAUCAUCAGUGGAUACUCUAUGGAAAUUGAUAGUAAUGAAAAGGAAAAUUGUGAUCAAAUUUCAAAUCCUUACAAACUAGUUAAAAAGCAUGGGAAAGAAUCAUCAGGCAAGGCAAAGAUUUUUGCAAAAGGUAAAAACAAAUCUAUUUCGCAGUUAUCAGAUUCUUUACAGACGUCUGUCUCCCUAGAAUCAGGUUUAAAAUAUAUUACUAAUGAAGCAGAUUCUGAUCCUGGUAAGCAUAGGGACCUACAGGAGAAUCUGAAGGAAAGCUCCACAACUCUGAAUGAAAAAAGAGCUAUCCCUUUUGUGGAAGUGGUAAAAGAAAGAGAGUGCCAGGGCAGAAAAGUAAACAAAACAGCAUCUAAAUCAAAGAAAAGAAAGACCGUCUAUCCUUCUUCAGAUAGCCAUAAGGUAAUGCAGAUAAUAUCUGACACUGACCAGGGAAUAUCAGUUGAAUCUGGACAAGCUGGUGAGGAAAAAAAUUCAGAAAAUGAGAGAGUUGUCAAAAUGAAGCCAGACUUUUACAAAGAGGUGUUUCAAUCUUUAUCUCAGGUCUAUUCACCUAACAUACAAGAUUCUUCCUUUAAGAGUAUGCAUGAGGAGUCAGUACCUCUGAGUAUUUCUCCUAGUAAAAAUCUGAUGAUAAAAGAAAAUUUUGCCAUGGAGAGCUCACCAAUCUUUCAAGUAAGUGAUGAUGAACAUGAGAAGAUGAAAGGGAUGAAAUUCAACCAGAGAACACAAAAAUCAGGAAUAGGUGGUAGAACACUACAGGACUUGACAAAUACCAGUUUUGUUUCAAAUAAUGCUGCUAAAGCUGAAAAUAAGUCAGAAAAUCCAUCUGUAGAGCCACCAAGCCGAAGAAGAAGGUGUACUCCUCUCUCUUUAAAGGAGCCAAAUCUCAAAAGGAAGAUGAGAAGAUGAGGUGAAUGUAUGGAUUCUGGUUUUUUUGAAUUCUCAAACCAUACCAAGUCAAAACAGGGAUAUAACAAGGAUCCAAAGAUGAAAUGCGUGAUGAAGGCUUCCCCCCCCCACCUUUUCAUGAGUAUUAAUUUAUUCUUAUGUUUACACAUAUGUGUAUAAAAUAGCUAUUUUGUAAUAUUAAACUUCUAAAAUCAUUUUGGUCAUCCUAUAACUUAUGUUGCUGUUUUUGUGAACUUCUUUCAACCUAACAGCCUUUAACUAAGCAAAAGCUGUUAACCUUUUAACCAAAUAAAAUGUGUUAUAAAUAUUUUUGCAUUGGUUAUCUUGUUGUAUACCAAGCUAUCUUGUUUUAUUUUUAAACCAUCCAAUAUAUUUGAUCACCUAGAAGAUUUUAAAAGUUGCCUCCUGCCUUGGCCAGUUUUCUGUCACCCUUCAUUCUUACACUUUCAGAAUUACCUGUUAGAUGUCAAUUUCUGUAUUAUUUCCAUUCUCUGUAAUCUGAUGACUUGGCUGAGGGGCUUAACCUUUCAGGCUCUUUUAAAUUUGGUUUUUAUAACUUUAUUUUAAAGAACCCUUACUAUAGUAGUAAUAGAAAGUAAUAAAUCCUAUUGAUGUCUGAGAUCAAUGAACAUAAUUUACUGUAUUCAAAUGACAAGUCAAAUUCUAUUCUGCCUAGAUGGAAAAGCUUACUUAGAGAAUAUCUGACAACUGAAAGGGUGAACUAGUGUUUUUAACAAACACUUCAGAUCAUUCUGGGGCAGACUGUCCUAGGACCAAACUCUGAGGAAUUGCUGUAGGAAUACAGAGUCCCACGGAACUUACUCAUAAUAUCAACAAUGUGGGUUGAGUGGAGGCCUUAUUAAAGGAACAGUUUACACAAAGAUUAAGAGCCUGGCACCCUGACAAUCUUUGUUCUCUUUCCUAUACACCUAUUACUUGGAGACUAUGGACCUCCUAGAGGCAGUCUCCAGUAUUAUAUUUUUGUCCCUAUUGCUUAUUUCUAUUUUUCCUCCUUUCUGUGAGUUUUUUCUUUUUUUCCCUUCCCAUGUAAAUUAUUUUUCAGUUUAUGUAGUCAAAUUUAUCAACCUUUUAUUGCUGGUGGAAUUUGGUCACAGUAAGAAAGAAUUUUCCUUCUUCCAGAUUAUAAAGACAUUUACCCAUGGUCUCAUUUUGUUUUACAUUUAAAUUUCUGAUUCAUGUGGAAUUUUUUUCUAUGAUAUGAGAUAUGAAUGCAACUUCAACCUUUUUCCAAAUGACUCCCCCAUUAUUGAGAAGGUCCAUGUUCUCCAUUACUGAUUUGAAAUGCUACCCUUUUUUAUGUUGUAUUUCCACGUACACUUAAAUUUAUUUCUCAAUUUUCUGUUGUAUUGGUCUGUGUGUCUGUUUAUGCCCCACUACCAUACUCCGUAGACUUUAGGGGGAGUAUCAAAGUUUCCCUCUCCUAGAGCUUUUACAUAUUUCUUAAUAAAUUUAUGCCUAGGAAUUUUUUUUUUCUUGGUAAUAAAAAUGGGAUCUUCCCUUUGAUUCUCUCUUCUAAUUAUUUGCAUAUAUAUGUUCAUUAUUGAUUUCUGUAUGUUAAUUACUGAACAUUCAUUGUUUGUAGUAUUUUCCAGACAUAUGUCCUGAAAACUAGGUUAACUUUACCUCUUUUUUUUUUCCCCUUCCAAAUCUUAUGCAUCUCAUUGCUUUCUUUUGUCUAAUUAAUUAUAUGGCUGCUACCUUAAGUAAAAUGUUAAAUUGUAGUGAGAAGAAUAGGUACCCUUGUAUUGUUCCUGAUUUUCAUGGGAAUGCCUUUGGUUUUACCCUAAUAAGUAAGAUGCUGGGUUUUGAGCUGGUUAUGUAUAAUUUAUAAUCACAUUAAAGUAUUGUCUAUCAAUUA